UCUCUUUCGUCCCUCUUUCCAUAUCACAGGGUGCCGAUAUUAUUCCCUGGUUUCGAUCUCCAAACCCUAAAUCUUCAGAUCCAUCGCUCGAAGACUCAAGAUUUUCUCAGAAGAUCCAAGAACUCUCUCAUGUUGUUUGUUAUUAGUAUUUUUUAAUUCAUGAAAUUGUAACAUGAUAUAAAAGAAUUUUUUUAGAUCUUUCAAUUUUUUAGGGUUUCUUAUUUCUAUCUGUAUUUUCUUUCAAUGUUUCAAUAGAAUUAGGGGUUUCUAUCUUGUGAUUUCCUGUAAGAAAUUUUGAUUGUUAUUGUUGUUGAUUGUAAUGGAGAUGGAGAGUAGUCGUAGACCAGGUUUGAAAAAACCUAGAUUAGUUGAAGAUCUUGAAAGAGAGUUAUCUUCUAAUGGUUCUUUAAUCGAUCAUCGUGUUGUUCGAAGAGGCGGCGGUGGAGGAGCUCAGCCACCAUCAACGAUUCUAUCUAGGGUUAGAGAAAACAACGAUACUUCAACUAGGGUUAAUAAUCAGCAGCAGCUUCAAGCACAACAACAACAUCAAGAAAUAGUUAGUGAAUAUAAAUCUGCUUUAGCUGAAUUAACAUUCAAUUCGAAACCGAUAAUAACGAAUUUGACGAUUAUAGCUGGGGAGAACCUUCAUGCUGCUAAAGGGAUUGCUGCGGCUAUUUGUUCUAAUAUUCUCGAGGUUCCUACUGAGCAGAAGUUACCAUCGCUAUACCUAUUGGAUAGUAUUGUGAAGAAUAUUGGCAGAGAUUACAUCAGAUACUUCGCCUUGAGGCUGCCCGAGGUCUUUGGCAAGGUGUACAGACAGGUCGAUGCUUCAAUGCAUACCAGUAUGCGACAUCUUUUUGGGACAUGGAAAGGUGUAUUCCCUCCUGCUUGUCUUCAGCAGAUUGAAAAGGAGUUUGGUUUUGGAUCAGCAACCAAUGUUUCAUCUUCUGGAGGCCCAACACCAAGGCCCGAUUCUCAGUCCCAACGACCAGCAAAUAGCAUCCAUGUGAAUCCCAAAUAUUUAGAGGCGGCGAGGCAGCGGCUUCAGCAGUCAAACAGGGCAAAAGUUGAUGAGAGUACUGCUGCAGUGGAUACAACAAUGCCUGUUAAAACGGCCAUCAAUGGCCGUGGAAGGCCAUGGGCAGAUCCACCAAUAAAGCAGGUUAAUAGGGAUCCUCGACUUGCAUUACGUGAGCUCGAAAAGAAGACAAGUGUAGGAUAUGAAGAUAAUGAAUAUGGUUCUGAUCUUUCAAGGCAUUCAGAGGUGGAAAUCAGAAAACGUAGUGAGCGGGCUUUAGAACAAGGACUUGGAAAGCCUUGGUACGCAGCAGGUGGCAAUGCCACUGACACAAUUAGCCAAAGGAAUACUGUCAACAGUAAUAAUGGAUCCGUAAACCUUCGAACACCCAGAUCUUCACAAGUCAUUGCUCAGCUCCAACCUUCGCAGAAAGCUAUGAAUAAAAGCAUCUUAGGAGGGAUGCCGGGGAAUUGGAAGAAUUUUGAAGAAGAGGAGUACCUGUGGGAUGACAUGAAAUCCAGACAGAGAGAGCAUGAUAGCUCUAGUCAAGAUACUUGGCCUCCCGAGAAUGACGAUAAGCCGGAGUUUGAAGAUAGCCUUACACAACCUCACAGUGAUAUUAGAUCGAGGAUUAACAGAAAAACUUCAACUGAUUCAUCGUCCAUGGCAUACCAAAAGCAAGCUGCAUUUGGCCAUCAUACACCGUCAACAUGGGCAUUGCAAGAGUCGCACACAGCUAAUGGUUUGAACCAUAAGGUGACCCCUGAAGGAUUUUCGGGACUAUCUGAUGGACCUUCCACCUACCUCAGUGGGUUAACAGGCAUGGCUUCAUCUACAGCCAGAGCAGGACGUCAAAGUCUAACCGAAUCUCCAGUAGGCGCGGCUAAUUUUGGCGGGUCUCUGAUGAACCCAGCAUCAGGAUCUGGUGGAGUUUUUGGACAAAAGCGGCAUCAGCUUCUGCGGUCCGCUUCUCCAUCUGAACAGUCAGAACCUGAAAAAAAAAUAUUGAAGUUAGCAGGACAGUUUAACCAGGCAUCUCAAGAUUCUUUCUUGUCUAAAAGUCACCAUCACCCUCAAAAUUUAAGGGGCUCAUCUCCUCCACUGCCGCAUCAAGAGCUGAGCAAUUCAGGCAACAUUUCAGAUAUUGCAGGGCAAUUGAGUAGAAGUAAUCUAUUGGCUGCAAUGAUGAAGACUGUAUCCGGCGGCAUCCCCAGUUUAGAACUUCAGGACUCUCAUUCAAAUAUUCAGCCACCUCUUCCAAGUGGACCUCCUCCAACCCUUUCAGCGCCAUCCUCUGCUUCCAUGGCCAGCAAACAUCCUAAGAGGACAUUGGUAGCACCUCCCUUGCCACCUGGCCCUCCUCCUCCCGUGUCAGUACAAACGACUAAGACAACUAAUGCUGCACAGAAUCCACUUUCAAGUCUUUUGAACACAUUAGUUGGGAAGGGGUUGAUCUCUGCACCUGCAAAGUCUUCGAAGCUAUCUUCUACCCAGGGGCCCGGUCAGCUCCCACACCAGAGCUCUCCCAUUUCUACAAGGAGUACGGUGCCAGUUUCUGGUUCUGCUUCUUUAUUAUCACAUGGUAAUAUAUGGCAGCCCUCUGAAUCAAAGGCAGAGAAGAUUCCUACCAUGCCUCAACCAAAGAUGUCAGAGAUAAAGGAUCUCAUAGGCUUUGAGUUUAAGCCGGAACUUCUCCGAGAAUCACAUCCAUCAGUGAUUAGUGACCUUUUUGAAGACCUUCCUCAUGAGUGCAGCAUAUGUGGUCUGCGGCUUAAACUUGAAGGAGGACUUGAAAGGCACUUGGAGUGGCAUGCACUGAAAAAGCGUGAAGCAAGCAGUUCCAAUAGCGUUUCAAGAAAGUGGUUUUUGAGUUCAGUAGAUUGGAUCUCAGGGACAACAACCCUGUCGUCUGAACUGGAGAAGUCAAAGGACGAACCUGAGGUCCCUGCAGAUGAGAGUCAGUGUGCGUGCUUGUUGUGUGGAGAGCUUUUUGAAGAUUUUUACAGUCAUAAAAAGGAGAUUUGGAUGUAUAAAGGAGCUGUUUAUAUGACUGUCCCAGCUCUUGAAACAGAAGGCAAAUCAUGGACAAUAGAUGAAAGUUCUAGUGGGGGUCCAAUAGUGCAUGCAAGCUGUAUAUCGCCAAGUUCAGUUUAUGACCUGGGUCUAGCCAAGAAAGUUGAGCAGAUGUAGUAGGAUUAAACAGGUUUUCCUAAGUGAGCUUACUCAAAAACAGAUUAGAGAAAUGAGAGCAGCCUAAACUGUGAAAACGGUGUUUUUGGGAGAGUAAUACAAGCGUUGUGCUGCUAGGUGAAGCGGCGGAGUGCUGCACCCUAGAUGGUGAUAGUCCAGUAGCCGAAAGCAUCUGCUCUGACCCAAGUUGCAUCAGGGAAGUGGAAUCCCGUGUGUUCUCUGUGGCUGCUUGAUUAUUGUCUGAAAAUGUAACUACUUGAUUCUGUCGCUGUCUACAAAUGGAAGACAUGUAUCUGGGUAGUUUAUAACUAUCUGGGUGGUUUAUAAUCUACCAGGAAACAACACUACCCAGAGCUAUCGAGUACAAGAUUGUAACGGGUUUAUUGCGCAACAACCCCUAGAGAUACUCAGGAUUUAUGACCCAUUCUCUGUACUGUGAGUAGGAUCAAUUAUAACAAACAAAACAAAACACUCAUAUUCCGGAAUUUGUAUUAGAUAUAUCGCCUGACCUCAUGACGGUAAAAAGAAAAAAAGUCAUAGUAACCAAAUGUUAACAGCAAUAUCCGUGUGGGUGCCAUUUGUAGUCCAUGAUCUUUUUGUCGUAGAAAUUAUCAGAAUAAUUUCAACCAUGAUGUUAUUUUCUUUACUCUACUUGGGAGAGUUGCUGGCGGAAAAAAAUAAAAGGAAAAAUAAAAAAGAUUGGGAGAAUUGUCAUUUCUUUUUA